UGUUGUCAAAAGAUUCCAAGUCCGACCACCAGAAGCGCUGCUGUAGAUUGCCAUAGUCUCUCCAUGUUAUUCUCCAACCGAAUUUGUUUACUCUCAAUUUGGUAGUACGCCUUCAGUUGAUUCAGCUGAAUCAACUAAAAGGCUAGGGAUGAAAUACGCGAGAACGUUAAAAUCCCAGACAGAAAAAGUUUAAAAUUGAAUUCACGCCUCUUUUCGUUACAGAUUCUCACCUACACUUACCGCGAUUGGUAAUCCAGUAGAAUUUGCCCGUUACUGAAUGUCAGUUACUUCGGGAAGACGCGACUGACCGAGGCUUUUACGAUAAUCAGUGGAACAGCCAGCUAAAACAAAUAAUUUAUAAGAGAAUCACUGUACUAAACCAGCAACACACAAAAUGGGUACUAUCGAAUGUCCAGUUUGCACAUUGUAUCUCCGGGCCGAUAUGAGCCUGGAGACCCAUCUGUCCACGCAUCCACCUGAUCAGGUCAUCAAGGCGCUUGUUUCGCUUGCCACGAAACCUACAACGCCAUCAGCUCCGGCUUCGGUUAGCGCACCAACAAUAGCGGCUCCACCGGCACCGGCACCAGUACCGAUGACGCCGAUGGACAUCAUUGCAGGCAGCUCGCGUUCUCGUACACCUCCAAAUGCCCUCAUGUAUCACAGCAGUGGUUACGAGCCGAUCAAACAGGCCGCACCACCUCCUCCACCGCCGCCGCCGGCACCUAUUCCACAGCUGCAACACAGUUCACUACCAACCGCCAUAGCUGUUGUUAAGGCAUCAGAUAUGGGAUACCACCAUCCAUUGAACAAUGUAAUGAUUGUUAAAAGUUGCAGCACCAAAUUUAUGCAACAACUGACACCCGCCAACGCUGCCACUAUUGCAACCGGUGGCAUCGCAAAUCCUGGCUACACAACCGGCACCAUCGACAGUAGAAGCCUGUUCAUUGAGCCAGAUCGAGGAGGACCAGCAGCGGCAGCAGCAAUCGCUGGACGUAAGCAGAUGGCUCCUUCAAUGUAUCCACGCUACACCAACGAGCGAUAUUCCGGGCCUCCACCACCCUACAGCACGGCCAUUUCUUCGACUAUCUCGUCCAGUUCUCAGCUGCAACAAUCAUCGAUCACUAGCUAUACCUCGCGAUACGCGGAACAGAAGCCCAAUCUAGCUAAUCAGACAUUCGUUCAAAACCCUUCGGCAACGGUGGUCCAUAAUGCCCCUACAAUCAACAUAACCCAGCAACAGGUCUAUCAUGCACCUUAUCCACCUAUGAAUGCUGCUACGUUGCAGCAACAAAUACAACCAACAAUAGCACUUGCUCACAGCACGCAUGAACUGCAACCAUCUACGAGCUUAAAAAGUGCACAUGCGCAGUACACUGAGAAAGAAGACGGUAACUUUACCGUAACCGAAAAUCCGAAGAAAAUUGUAGAAUACACCGAGAAUGAUGAAGGCGACUUUAUGGUGAUCGAAAAAGUUGUCAAAUCGCCACCAAGGGUUAUCAAGGUGAAUGACAUUUCUUACACAAUUGAGGAGGAAACGGAGGACGAUAGAGAGGAAGAUAUUCAGCAUUCUACAAGCCACGACGGUCAAAACACAGGCGUUGAAGAAGAGCAAGAGGUAGAACAGGAGGAGUACGAAAUUAUGGUUGACGAAGAUGUGCCCACUAAACCCGACAACACUUCCGUAGAACAAUCGAAGGACGAUACAAUUGAAAUAGUUGAAAAUGACGAUGGCACUUUCGAUGACAAUUGUCGGUCGACAAUGAGUGGUAUGCCAGAAAUGCCGAAACCGAUGCUCAUUGGAACAAUUGGAAGUAAAAAGAGCAACAAGUUUAACUUAAUAGUGGAUUCGAGUCCUUCCACUUCAGGCUCGGCGGUUAAUAGCCCAUCUACACCCAGAAAACGACCCGCUAGUGGGCUGAAGGUGUUGAGUAAUGUAAAAGUAACCACUGAUUUGUCGCAAGGCAUCAAGGACAUUAUACUGAACUUGAACUGCAAAAAUAAAACAUCGAAUUUAAAUUCCACUAGCUCCAGCACCAGCAAUACGGAUGCUAUAAAAACUUCGAUGAUAACAGAAAUAAAACCAGCCGCCGUUGUGAAUAAUAAUUGUCAAAACGAGCUUAUCUUUAAUUCUGGCAGUAAUAUGCCUCCUAUUGAUCUCAAUAACAUAAAUGACAUUGAAAUAAUUAACGACGACGAAGAAGAUGUGCGUUCGGAUGAAGAGAAAGAAUGUUACGUUGUCGGUUCGUUGGAACUGAAAGCUUCUGAUUGUAGCGCAACACUCAAGCAAACGGAAGAGUUAUCGAGCAACGCUACUCAACAAUGUGUGGUCCCAUCAUCGUCUCGAGGUGCUCCUCCAACACCUUCCGUAAUAACAAGCGUCAUCCGGAUGACUCCCCAUUCUUCGCCGGUCAUUGCAGAGUCUACUCCUAUGACGACUCAAAUGUCUCAACAGACUGUUUCCGCGGAAACAAAUCCUCCGAAAGAAACAGUAUUUGAAGUUACUACCAAAGUCGAACCGACAAGUGAAAGUGUGGUGAAAUCUUCACCUGUUCUCAGUGGAUCAUUACUAGCAGUCAGAAAACCACAAUCCCAGGUUCCAACUUGUUCCACUACUCCCUUGUUCAACAGACCACCGAAAAAAUUAAACCUUAAGCUCAAAACUCCCUUGCCACCGAUUGCCCCGCCAACUCCACCCUUAGUUGCUCAUUCAGCUGGCUUUGAUAACUUUGCUGACCCUAAAAUUCCUAAAGUUGAGCAAAUUUCUGUAGAAGAAAGGUCGGAACUUACCGCAGAUAAACCGUUUGAUUUUUCCACUGGCGAUGGAAGCAUUCCAAUGGAUUGUGAAACCUCACACCUUCAACCGGUAAAUCUGUCAUUCGAUGAAGCUAAAUGUUCGGCAACGGAGCCAAACAGUAGUACGGCAUUGGCGUCGUUGUGCGAUGAAGAAACAGAAACUAAACCCAUUAAACCGGAUCUAGAAGAGCAGCCGUGCUCAUCGGAAGCAGUUACGUCAAGUUUGCUGAUUCAAGCUCAUUUAGACCACAAUCUACAACACUCGGAGACGACCGUUGUGUACACCACGCGUCCAGCAAGCAGUGCCAGUGGCAGUUCAAGGGGCAGCGAACACAACUUCAGUAAGGAUGCUUCCGUUCACGAGACGGCAGACGACAUGAACCAGGAAGUUGUUCAGACCACAACCACUACCACGACGAGCACCACAGCUGUCGAAUACUACAACAUAACCAUUAUUGAUGAGCAACAUUCGACGUGUCAGAUUGCGGAAGUCUCGGAUCACGAAUCGGAAUCGAUCGCAUCCCCUGGGGACAAUGAGGUGAAAUCGGAAGUUGAUCUUGAUAACCGGACGAACAUUGCCGAACAAUAUGAGAUCAAAAUUAUGAAUGACAAUGUUUAUACUUCGUUCCAAGAAUCCCAGAUAGAAACUGAAGCUGGUCCUUCAAAUUCAUCGGAGGUUGAUCGAAAGUACACACCCUUAUCGAAAGAUUGCAUCAAAGUUGAAAAAGUAGACAACAUAGAUAAAAUAGAAGUGGAAGAAUCUGAACUACAAAACAGACCUAAUGAAGAUGACAAGCUAGAAUUCGAACUACCUAUAACCAAAAUUGAGCAAACAGUAGCUACUGCUUCCAGUGAACUGCGUGCAUCAACUAUCAGCAACGCUAAUAACUUCGACAGGGAUCAUAAAGACUUCCUGGAAGCAGGUCCAUCCGGGGACAACGUUAAGGAUUCCGUGGGCACGACAGCCGAAAACAAUCAUAACUCCAGGAAUCGUGCUUCGGAACACACAUACCUUGAUUAUAGCACAGAAUACGAUGAUUACGUUCAGGUCGGGGGCUACGGAGCUCCACCACCGGAACAGAUACCGCUUUCGUGGGUGCAAAAGUUCAGUCCCCAAUAUGCACCGUUUGAGGAUCAAAAUUCCUACAUGGAUUUGGACAUGUGUAGCAGUAAGAACAACUCAAACAGCGUUGGCGGAAACAGUGCAGUCAGCAGCAGCAGCUGUACAAACAACAGUGGCAGCGCGAGCAAUUCCGUAAGCCGUGUGGAUUCCAGCAUGGACCGGGCACCUUCGGCCGAAAGUUUAAACAUACGCACCGACGAGAAAAUGCCGGCUAAGGGCGAAAUCUCGGAACAGGAGAGCAACGGAGAUAUGGAGUUGUCGUGGAAUAGGCUGUAUCCGGUUCAUGAGAACAUUCCCAUAUACCCGAUCUCGUACGAUUUGUCCACUGCUCAGGAGUGCUGGAAUCUGAGCAAUCGGAAUACCGAAGUCGGUACGUAUAGUGCCGCGGCGGCUUCAAGCCAAACCCAUAUUAGCGGAAGCAGCAGCGGCAGCAAUCAGGUCAACCAGCACUAUUCACAAGCCCAUCAACAGCAGCAGCCUCAGUUGUCCCAAUCGCAGGGCUUGAACUUUCAAUUUUCUCAAUCGGAUCAUCAGCGCAUCGCUCUGGAUGCUGACGACGACGAUGAGGCGUUGGAUGAUAAAUCGAAAAUUCGUUUAGACUAUGACCCUGGAAUGAACGCCAGUGGCUCGAGCUAUCUUGGACUGGAGCCCAAUUCAAGAGGCACCAAGUUGAUGCACGACAGAAUUGACAGGAAGCUCGUUAAAAUCCGUAACUAUCGGUGUACCGAGUGUCCGGAAACGUUUGCAUUGCUGAAACAGCGAAGGAUACACAUGAAAAUGGAGCACAUGAUUGAUACCAAGGUUAGCUCACUGAUGCCAACUGCAGCCACCAGUACCUCGAUUGCCACGUCGACGGUGACCUCGGGUGCGGCAAUGGAAUUUUUCAACCCCACUGGCGAGGGUCCCAGCAAUAGUUUACUGAACAAAAAGGUCAAAAUCGAACCCGUUCCUAUGCUGAUGAGCUACAGCUCACUGAAGCUAGAACUGGAGCAAAAACAGGAGUAUCAAGAAACUGGUGUAGCGAUUCCAGGACCUUCAGGACUGCCGGCAGGCCCGAGCACAUCCACGAUGGAAGUGGGAGAAAUACGUCGCAAACGAACAUAUGUUUGCGGCACAUGUAAGCAGGAAUUCGAUCGGUUCAAGUUAUUCAAUGCUCAUCUAAUGGUGCAUCCUGUCGAAUGUUACACGUGUGGCAGGAACUUCAAACAUUGGCCAAACUUUGCUUUGCACAUAAAGAGGCAUUUGGGUAUCAAGGAUCACCAGUGCCGGUUGUGUGGAAAGAAGUUUGUCAUCAAACAGAAAUUGAUCGAACAUAUGCGUGUUCACACGGGGAAAGCGCCAAUUAAAUGUCCCGAUUGUGAUCAACAUUUCAGAAGAUUUUCGAAUCUUGCGCAGCAUCGAAAUCGCCAUCAUCUCAAUAAGGUCGCUUCCAAAAAGGAUUUCGUUUGUCACUGUGGCGAAGUGUUCCAAUCCAAGGCCAAAAUGGAGUGGCACAAAGAGAUACAUGAAAACAAACCGAAAAGCUGUCCCUUCUGUAGGGAAAAAUUCAUUCAUAAAAACAGUCUAACGCGUCAUAUUCGCCUGUCCCAUACGGAAAAGUAUGUUAAACUAGAAGCGGCGACCGAGAUGUGUCCAAUUUGCCACCAGCCGUACAUUAAGACCAGUAUGAAGCGGCACAUGGAAACACAUACCGAGGCACGGAUGGCCUUCUCGUGUCCGAUCUGCAACAAACUGUUCAGCACCAACUGGAAUCUUAAGCAGCACAAGUGGACACAUGCUAAUCCCACCCUGAAACCGUUCCAGUGUAACAUGUGUUCGAGUGGAUUCGUCCGGGAGGCCGACUACAUUACCCACAUGAAUUCUCACAAAUCGAUCCGCCCGUACACGUGCAACCAUUGCGGGUGCCAAUUCAUCCGGAAGUACAACUGGAUCCGGCACACGAGGGAACACGAAACGGACAAAAAUUACACGUGCGAAAUAUGCGGUCGCAAGUUCCACCGGAAGUACUAUCUGACGGAGCACAAGCGCAUCCACACUGGGGAGCGACCGUUCUCCUGUAACAUUUGCGGCAAAACGUCAUCCACCAAAACGAACCACAACAAGCACAUCAAAAUCCAUCACGCCAGGGAUCCUCUCACGGCAGAAGGUUAGAUUGAAGGGGAAGGAUUCUUACAUCGUAGUGUUACGAAAGGAAGCAGUUGAGCGUGUUGUUUACUUUGUUGAGAAAAAUGGAGCACGAUACAUUUGAAAAAACCUUUCGUAAGAACUACACAUCAGGACACCGAUUAGACUGUGCGUCAACACAUGAGGUUCCAAAGCAAUAUUUGCAAGGUCCUUAAAAUGUGUUAAAGAGUCGAAGGAAGAAAUGAGGACCGUACUAUUUAUUUCUAGGAAAACAAAUAUGAGUUUGUGAUUUGCUUAAGGUUAUUUGAAGUUGGAAUUUAUUGUUUUGCAUAAUUCAAAACAGUUUAUAUUAGGGGCAAUUGUUGAAAUCUAGUUUCUAUUUACACUUCUCAGUUGUCACGUUUACUCCAUGUGGGGAGCUAAGCUUGAUCUUUUCUUCGAAAGAACUAAACGAGGAAAUUUGUAUCAUUCUUUGAAUAGAUCAUCUCACUUUUCACUACACUACAAGAUUCAAUGUGAAUAAAUCUCAGACGCAUUCAAAAACUUUUAAGCAUUUUAUAAACCUCCAAAUUUUUUUUUCGGAAAUGAAUCUUUGAUAAAUCAACUAAGAAAAUUAGCAAAAAGAAAAAAAAACAGAACAAAUGUAUCGCAAAGUACAGUUUACUUUAUUUAUUUUAGUUCUUAAUAAUCGAUUAAUUAGAUUAUAUGGAUUCAAUCGUUCUAUCAAUCAAGCAAACAACAAAAGAAACAAAACAUAAAAACAAUUGCAAAUAAGUAAGCUUCGAUAUGAAACGGAAUAAUUGUACACACCCAAACACAACAAAAAAUACAAAGAACUGAUUAAUGCAAAACACUAAUCGAGAGCAUAAGACCGUACGUAUUUAAUAAAAAAAAACAAACAGACAAAACAAGAACAUCAUUUGUUUCUCGUUUGCAUUCGGAUUGUAGCCGAUAUGGUCUAAUUCUACAAUGUCCUAAAGAAAGCUGAAAACUAAAUUAAGGAGUAAAAACAGAAACAGAAGAAUAACAUAAGAAAAAAUUACAUCGGUAAUUCGAUAAAGGUUAGAAAAUAAAAUCAAUGAUGGGUGAGAGGAGAGCGAGCAAGAAGGAAAGUAAAUAACUGUAAUAAUUUUAAGUGCAAUAGUUAGGAGAAAGCAGUUUUAUAAUAGUUUUUGUUUUAGGUACAUUUAUGUAAACAAAUGGAUAUCGAAAUCAAACAAACAAUUAAGAAAAAAAGAGUGCAGUGAACAUUGUUUUUCUUUUUCGUUUAUCUUCAAGGAAACACACAAUCGAAAGUAUAGGGGGAGUUUUUUUCCGUUCAAGUUGCACCACAUGGAUGAGCGAUGUUUAUUGGAAAGAAAAGAAAAUAAAUCAAUAAGAAAAGCAAAGUGGCUGUAAAUAUCUGUAAUAGUAUUGGUUUUACUCUUAUCGUGUUUUAUCGUCUUUUUAUUUACCCGCACUUGUUAGGGGUCUCUUCCCGGUCGUCGUCGUCCUUAGUUCAAUUGUUGUCCUCGUCUCAUCAUAAGUCGAACUUACUGCUCACCCACAUGCUCACCACACCGUAUGCUGAUCUGAUACACAUCAUAAUACAUGCAUUUCAAAGCGAUAUCGAUAACAAAAAUAAAUGUAAACAUUUUCCAAAAAACACCCGAUCAAAGAGGGGGAAAAUAAUCAGGUUACAAACGGGGUUGCGUUAUUUUUUCGUUUUGAGAAAUAUGUUUUUUUUCGGAGGGUUCCAUAUUCUCCCACCAGGAUAACGUUGCUUUCACCUUUUACCAAGUGGUUUACAGAUGUUAUUCUUAUUGUGUGUUGUUGGGGGAAUUUCGAGAUGCAAUCUUUCAAAUUUUGUUGGCAGAAAAAAAUCUAAUAUUUUUGGCUUUUAAGGCUACCUGCAGCUUGAGAAGUCUCUGCGCUCAAACGAUAGAAUACACUCAGACGCUUUUACGGAGUACUCACGGACAAAAAUCUUUGAUUGUCUAUCGUUAAAAGCUCAUUCUGAGACAAUAGAUUAUUCACCUCCUUAUCCCUUUGAGGCAAAAAAAAAAACAUCAGUUCGAAUCAACUUCUAAGGACAUCUGAAUUGUCUAUUCUUGCCUCCAGCGUUUCCUGUAGUCAGGACCGCGAGAUGGAGAGUACGCCACUCGAACAAAAUAGUCGGAAUUUAGAACCUCCACAAACAAUUGUACUUGUCAUAAAGUUAUGAUGGCUUAAAGGAAGUCGAGUACUUACCUUAACUUGUUGUUCUGGAUGAUGUAGAGAUCAGCAUACAGUCCUAAACAAUACCGAAAGGUCUCACUUUCACCUAAUUUAACGAUUUUCCGUACUUGCUCGAGAUUUUCCUUUGUUGCUCGAGAAACUGUCAUCAUAAUUUAGUGAUCGUAUGCCGAAAAAAUCGGAAGGCCACCAAAUCGAAUAAUGUAAACUUGGAAACCGAGAAGAAUCUGAAAUAAAAACUAGGUGUAUGUAAUUCUUAAAGCAACAGACAGUUAGAAACAUAGUAUAAAGUCUACAUCAAAAUCUUGACAGUAGACCAAGAUUACAAAGGAAUCCCUUAAACAACGGUAAUUACUCACUCAUAACAUAUUCUAUAACCCGAAAGCAGCUAGCAGUAGGUAACAAUGGAAAGUCAAAUCAUCGCGAGUGUAAAAAGUCUAACCGGAAACAAAACCAAAAUCGUUCAUGAACUGAGGAAACUUACGGGCUCCCAACUUUAACUACCGCAAGUGACAAACACAGAAUUAAUGAGAAAACGCGAGAAGCGGAAUGAACUAUUACAACCAAACAAAAAAAUGCAUAGCUAAUUUUUUUAAAACCAUUAACGAUUCGUACAUUUUUCGGAAAAAAGUUUCCAAACACAGAGAUGGAAGUAUCAUCACAUGGUUUGGGAACAACACAUGGGUGUAUAUUUUAGGCAAAAAAAAUCUGAUAAUUCAAACAAGAAACAAGAAAAAAAAACUAAGUGCAUCUAGGAUAUGAGAGAAACGCGGGGGAGUCGAUUUUGAAUUGAAUGUGUUCUAAUUGAGUUGGUGGAGCGGAAACAAAAGCCGAAAACAGAAAAAAGUUAAGCAAAUAAAUCUCUAUGAUUUUCAAUUAAAAAUUAA